CGUGAGCACAGAUGAGGGAGUCGGACUCGGAGUCUCACCCACAGAUCACAGACUCCUGGAAAUCUCCUGACAGCUCACUGGGUUUGCUGGAAUCGAACACUUUCACCGGAGACACAUUUCUUCCUCUGAUAACGUCUGCUCUGUGGAGAUGCCUCACUCCAGGUGCACAGCAGGAAUUUCCUCUCACCCUGGAUGCAACAUGCAGCACUUUGCAGUUUCCCGUCUUCAGUGAACAAAGCAGAUUCACAUCCAGAACAGAAGAACUAGUCCUCAGAGAUGGCAGCCCACUCAGACUAUGUUAUCGGGGAGGCAGGAGCUGAAGUGGACAUGUGCACGCUGGAGAUUAGUAUGAAGUAUGAAGUCAUCUCAUCCAUUGUCUGCUCUGUUUGUCUUUCAUUCGGCCUCAUCUACUGCUUCCUCGGAUACCGCUGCUUCAAGAUGGUCAUGUUCCUCUCUGGCUUCUUGUUCGGCACGAUGUCCGUUCUCCUGCUGUACCACACAGAGCCUGUGAUGGACGUCAAGCUGGGGACGGAGACCAAGGCGGGGAUAGGCCUGGGCGUGGGUGUGCUCUCCGGCCUGAUGACGAUGCUGCUGUCAACGAUGGGCCUCCUCUUCAGCGGCCUGCAGCUCGGGACCCUGCUCUCCCUCGUCACCCUGGUGGUUAUCGGACAGUUCUACAGCCUUACUCCCGCGUGGGUGCCUCUCAGUACCAUACUGGCCAUCAGCAUCAUCACUGCCGUUUGCACACUCCUGUGGCAGAAACUAUUCAGCAUCGUCUACACAGCUGUGUUUGGAGCGACCACUGUGAUGCUGUGUGUGGAUUAUCUGGUGGGGGCGUUCAUGCUGCCUGAUCAGGUGUAUGAUAUGCUCUGUCAAGUCGCCCCACCACCACUGUGCUGGUACAACGGGGUCAUCAUUGGGAUCUGUCCUGUACUCAGUCUCUCAGGUGUGUUAGUGCAGUGGAGGUUCACUGCUCAAGGAGUUUCUCACACAGAAGGUGCACACAAAAAACAGAAGAGACAUGCCAAGAAGCUUGGAUACAGAGAGUCCAGGGGAAGGCCUCGAUCGCACCGGCGCCGCAGGCCUCCGCCCCUGCAACGUUACGCUGGAGACGUCCUGGCACCGAGUUAUCUCCAGAGCCUUCAGGAGCGGCAGAUGGAAACAGGCUCGUCCACCAGCAGCGUCAGCACCAUCACACAUGCCCUCAUUGACUUUGACUUUGAGACGGGCUCCAUGGUGCCUCUGACGGCCACCUCGCCUGUUUUCACCUUCUGAAACAAACAUCACUCAUUUGUAAACUACACUGACUUCUGAGGAAUCUGAGGAAUCCAUCGUGUUACAGCUGAAUCUCUGAAAUUCAACGGAAAACUAUUUAACCGCCUCGCCUGCUGCCGGGAAUCCCCUGAAACCAGCUUCCUCAGAUAAUCAUCAACAUGCACACUGAGGGAUUUGAGGUGCUGGGAGAUCAUCCUCCGAACGAUGACGAGGUUAAUUAAUAUCACAUCCACAGUCGUCAAACUCAUCUUGAUCACAACGUCCCCUGAGCAGUUUAUGUUUACUUUCUGUACUAUUAUAUUUUCUCUGGAAACUGGGGGUCGAUUGCAAACGAUUCCAUUUGUGUCUAGAUUAGUUUCAAAGUUUUGUGGUUACAAGCAAUAAAUUCAUACCAGCACAA